GCAAAGGGGGUUUCUCUAGAAAUAAUCAUGAUUGUUAAUUACACAUGUAACAGGACAGAUGGAGACAAUACAGAUUUUCGGUAUUUUAUUUAUGCAGUGACAUACACUGUCAUUCUUGUGCCAGGCCUCAUAGGGAACAUAUUAGCCUUGUGGGUAUUUUAUGGUUAUAUGAAAGAAACCAAACGUGCUGUGAUAUUUAUGAUAAAUUUAGCUAUUGCUGACCUGUUGCAAGUUCUUUCCCUGCCACUAAGGAUCUUUUACUACUUGAACCAUGACUGGCCAUUUGGUCCUGGGCUCUGCAUGUUCUGUUUCUACCUGAAAUAUGUUAACAUGUAUGCAAGCAUCUACUUCUUGGUCUGCAUCAGUGUGCGAAGAUUUUGGUUUCUCAUGUACCCAUUUCGUUUCAACGACUGCAAACAGAAAUAUGACUUGUACAUCAGCAUUGUUGGCUGGCUGAUCAUCUGCCUUGCCUGCCUGCUCUUUCCUCUCCUCAGAACCAAUGACGAUACCCCAGGCAACAGAACCAAGUGUUUUGUGGAUCUUCCUAUCAGGAAUGUCAAUCUGUCCCAGUCUAUUGUCAUGAUGACUGUUGGAGAGUUGAUUGGGUUUGUUACUCCUCUUCUGAUUGUCCUAUACUGUACCUGGAAGACAGUUUUAUCAUUACAAGACAAAUACCCCAUUUCUCAAGAUCUCGGAGAGAAAAAGAAAGCCCUGAAGAUGAUUCUAACAUGUGCAGGGGUAUUUCUAAUUUGCUUUGCACCUUAUCACUUCAGUUUUCCUUUGGAUUUCCUGGUCAAGUCCAAUGAAAUUAAAAGCUGCCUAGCCAGAAGAGUGAUUUUAAUAUUUCAUUCUGUGGCUCUGUGUCUUGCUAGCCUGAAUUCCUGCCUUGACCCAGUCAUAUAUUAUUUCACCACUAAUGAGUUCAGAAGACGUCUUUCAAGACAAGAUUUGCAUGACAGCAUCCAACUCCAUACAAAAUCAUUUGUGAAUAACCAUACCACUUCUACCAUGACAACUGAACUAUGUUAAAUAAAAAACAAACUGAAUGUGACCUGCAAUAGAAUCCAUUUUCAAUACUGAAGCAGCAGGGACAUACUCACAGGAAAUAUUCCCAAUUUUUCAGUUUCUUUUGUAUUACGUAUAUGAAGAAUGCAUAUGUUUGUGAAGGGCCUAUUUGGAGCAUUAUAUUCUCCUAUCACUGAUGUUGACAUGUCCA